CACCUCCUUGAGGGAAGUGGGGACAACGAGGACCCUCGGGUUUGCAGGAGGUUUGGGGGCCGAUCCUCCAUCUCCGCGCCCGGCCAUCCAUCCCCGCUCCCGAACCUUGGUAGUUCCUGCCCUUGGGGGCUGCGGGCACUGCCCUCACUUCAGCCCGAAGGGCGAGUGGGGAACAAGUCCCGCCGCCGCCAGACUCGGCCCUCACCUGUGAGCCCCAGACAAGGCACCUCUGUCCAAGAGUCUUUUACUGGUCCCCAGUGCCCUGUCCCUUUUACUGACCCUCCUCCUGCCGCACUGUCAGAAGUUCUUCGAAUAUGAUCUCCAAGCAGUCAAGAAUGACUUCCAGAUUUGGAGGUUGAUGUGUGGAAGAAUAAUUUGCCUUGAUUUGAAAGAUACUUUCUGCAGUAGUCUGCUUAUUUAUAAUUUCAGGAUAUUUGAAAGAAGAUAUGGCAGCAGAAAAUUUGCAUCAUUUUUGCUGGGUUCCUGGGUUUUGUCAGCCUUGUUUGACUUUAUCCUCGUUGAAGCUAUGCAGUAUUCAUUUGGUAUCGCUGCAGCCAGUAAUUUGCCUUCUGGAUUCCUGGCACCUGUGUUUGCUCUGUUUGUUCCAUUUUACUGCUCCAUUCCAAGAGUCCAAGUGGCACAAAUUCUGGGCCAGUUUUCCAUCACAAACAAGACAUUGAUUUAUAUAUUGGGACUACAGCUUUUCACCUCUGGUUCCUACAUCUGGAUUGUAGCCAUAAGUGGACUUAUUUCUGGUAUCUGCUACAACAGCAAUGUGUUAAAAGUUCAUCAGGUACUCUGCAUCCCUCACUGGCUGGCAAAGUUAUUUUCUUGGACACUCGAGCCCAUAUUUUCAUCUUCAGAACCCACCAAUGAAGCCCGAAUUGGGAUGGGGGCAACAGUGGACAUUCAGAGACAACAGAGAAUGGAGCUGCUUGAUCGUCAGCUGAUGCUUUCUCAGUUUGUACAAGUGAGGCGACAAAGACAGCAGCAGGGAGGAAUGAUCAAUUGGAAUCGUCUUUUCCCUCCUUUACGUCAGCGACGAAAUAUAAACUAUCCUGAUGGUCGGCAGUCUGAACAACAAGCAUCUCCUCCUCUAGAGGUUUCUGAAGAACAGGUCGCCCGACUCAUGGAAAUGGGAUUUUCCAGAGGUGAUGCUUUGGAAGCCCUGAGAGCUUCAAAUAAUGACCUUAAUGUGGCUACCAACUUCCUGCUGCAGCACUGACGGGCCUGAGGCUCCGACGACAGUGGAUGCCGUCCCCACUUACAAAUCAGCCCCAGAGGACCAGGCACUCUGGAUAGCGACGGUGUUCUCGUGGGUACAGGGAGGUCCCUACUGCUUCCCUAUCCAAAACUCCAAGAUUAUUGAUUACAGUUACAAUAUCAAAAAUAAGUUUGCCAUUAAAUUAGCAUGUAUUUUCUAUCUUUAUUUUUUUAUCGGAUAUUUUCCUUAAUUUGGGGAAUUAUCACUUAUUCCUAAUGUGUGUUUAAAAUGCAUUAAAAUCACAGAUUUCUGCAAGCAGUAAAAUAGCAAUCCAGAUGGAAAAUUACUGCUGUUGUAGUAUUCUUCUUUUUACUAUAAUGCAUUAUCCUACAUAAUAUUUGAUCAUCAUAAUCUUAAAGGGGAAAAGAGCAAUGUCAUUUCAGAAAGGGUAUGUCAAAUUAUUUGUUACGGACUUUUUAAUCACUAUUUUUUUUUCUCAAGUUUGUUACUAAGCCCCAGUGCUGUCAAUCAUGCAGACUUCCGAGGAGGUGAGCAGCCAGUAUUAGCCAGGCCUGCUCGCCCAGGGAGAAGCAGGGAACUCAGGUCCACUCCACUUUCCUCCCAGGCCGUUCCAGUCUAGGGAAUUUUCCCCAGCUCCUCCUUACUUCCGUUAGAGAUAAUAAUAAUAAAGUACCAGUUCAAGGAAUAAUAAAGUACCAGUUCAAGGCUCUGGAACCCUCCAAGAAACUUAACUGGAAUUAAUUUGGCUCAGAAUGUCCAGAGUUAGCCACUUUCUAGAGGAGAGAACAGGACAAAGAGGAGAUGAAGAGAAGAGUGGGCUUCCUGGAGCAAAACGAGGGCCCCACUGGACUGUCUGGGGGCUGGCUCCAGGUGCACUGGCCCCGAGGAGAGAAGAGAAAAUAUCUGAAGCCGUGGUUUUGCCUGACUUUUGCCCAACUGCAGAGCUAAACUGCCUGGUCCUCACUGCUCGCAGCCAGCUCCUCUGGAAGCAGGUGCUCCCUGGCUCCUAGGCUGUGAUCUGAACAGAAGGGUAAGGGAAGGCAGAUACAGAGUAUGCUCAUCAGGGCAAGGAAUGCAAGAAGUGGGCUGAAAUGAGCAAUAAAAGAUCUAAAGCAAGUUGAUUAAGAUUUAAGGAAAUUGUGCAACUACUAUGUUCUGCAAAAUCAGCGGAAAUGUAUCAGACUGAUGCAAACUUAGAAGUGUGAUACUUAUAAUAAAGUUUUUAGUGUGUUUUAC